AUGGGCUGCGCCCCCAGCAUCCACGUCUCGCAGAGCGGCGUGAUCUACUGCCGGGACUCGGACGAGUCCAACUCGCCCCGCCAGACCACCAGCGUGUCGCAGGGCCCCGCGGCCCCCCUGCACGGCCUCUUCGUCCAGACCGACGCCGCCGACGCCAUCCCCCCGAGCCGCGCGUUCUGGCCCCCCGGUGCCGCCCGCGGCCGGAGGGCCCGCGGUGAGCUGGGCAGCGGCAGCAGCGCGGGCUCCACGGCCCCCGCGGCGACCACCUGCAGGGGCCGGAGUCGCCACUGCUGCAGCAGCGCGGAGGCCGAGACCCAGACCAGCUACACCAGCGUCAAGCAGGUCUCUUCUGCAGAGGUACGCGUCGGGCCCAUGAGACUGACUCAGGAUCCUAUCCAGGUUUUGCUGAUCUUUGCAAAGGAAGACAGUCAGAGUGAUGGAUUCUGGUGGGCCUGUGACAGAGCCGGUUACAAAUGUAAUAUUGCUCGGACUCCGGAGUCAGCCCUGGAAUGCUUUCUAGAUAAACAUCAUGAGAUUAUUGUGAUCGACCACAGACAAACUCGGAACUUUGAUGCAGAAGCAGUGUGCAGGUCGAUCCGGGCCACAAAUCCCUCGGAGCACACGGUGAUUCUUGCGGUGGUUUCACAAGCAUCCGGCGACUAUGAAGAGGCCUCGGUGCUCCCUCUUCUACACGCAGGCUUCAACCGGAGAUUUAUGGAGAAUAGCAGCAUAAUUGCUUGCUAUAAUGAACUGAUUCAAAUAGAACAUGGGGAAGUUCGCUCACAGUUCAAGUUAAGGGCCUGUAAUUCAGUGUUUACAGCAUUAGACCACUGUCAUGAAGCCAUAGAAAUCACAAGCGAUGACCACGUGAUUCAGUAUGUCAACCCAGCCUUUGAAAGGAUGAUGGGCUACCACAAAGGUGAGCUCCUGGGGAAAGAACUCGCCGAGCUGCCCAAAAGUGACAAGAACAGGGCGGACCUUCUUGACACCAUCAACACCUGCAUCAAGAAGGGCAAGGAGUGGCAGGGGGUUUACUAUGCCAGACGGAAAUCCGGGGACAGCAUCCAACAGCAUGUGAAGAUCACUCCAGUGAUUGGCCAAGGAGGGAAAAUUAGGCAUUUUGUCUCCCUCAAGAAACUGUGUUGUACCACUGACAAAAAUAAGCAGAUUCACAAGGUUCAUCGUGACUCAGGAGAUAAUUCUCAAACAGAGUCUCAUUCAUUCAGAUACAAGAACAGGAGGAAAGAGUCCAUUGAUGUGAAAUCAAUAUCAUCUCGAGGCAGUGAUGCACCAAGCCUACAGAAUCGUCGCUAUCCAUCCAUGGCAAGGAUCCAUUCCAUGACCAUCGAGGCGCCCAUCACAAAGGUUAUAAAUAUAAUCAAUGCAGCCCAAGAAAACAGUCCUGUCACAGUAGCAGAAGCCUUGGACAGAGUUUUAGAAAUUUUACGGACCACAGAACUGUACUCCCCUCAGCUGGGUACCAAAGAUGAAGAUCCCCACACCAGUGAUCUCGUGGGAGGCCUGAUGACUGAUGGCUUGAGAAGGUUGUCAGGAAACGAGUAUGUGUUCACUAAGAAUGUGCCCCCGAGUCACAGUCACCUUGGGAUGCCAGUAACCAUCAAUGAUGUCCCCCCUUCUAUCGCUCAAUUACUUGAUAAUGAGGAAAGCUGGGAGUUCAACAUCUUUGAAUUGGAAGCUGUGACACACAAAAGGCCAUUGGUUUACCUGGGCUUAAAAGUCUUUUCCCGGUUUGGAGUAUGUGAAUUUUUACACUGUUCUGAAACUACCCUUCGGGCCUGGCUCCAAGUGAUUGAAUCCAACUACCACUCCUCCAAUGCUUACCACAACUCCACUCAUGCCGCUGAUGUCCUGCAUGCCACUGCCUUCUUCCUCGGAAAAGAAAGAGUGAAGGGAAGCCUCGAUCAGCUAGAUGAGGUGGCUGCCCUGAUUGCUGCCGCAGUCCAUGACGUGGAUCACCCAGGAAGGACCAACUCUUUCCUGUGCAACGCAGGCAGUGAACUCGCCGUGCUCUAUAAUGACACUGCUGUCUUGGAGAGUCACCACACAGCCCUGGCCUUCCAGCUCACGGUCAAGGACAGCAAAUGCAACAUUUUCAAGAAUAUUGACAGGAACCAUUAUCGAACACUGCGCCAGGCUAUUAUUGAUAUGGUUUUAGCAACAGAGAUGACAAAACACUUUGAACACGUGAACAAAUUUGUGAACAGCAUCAACAAGCCAAUGGCAGCUGAGAUUGAAGGCAGUGACUGUGAAUGCAACCCUAUUGGGAAGAACUUUCCUGAAAAUCAAAUCCUGAUUAAGCGCAUGAUGAUUAAGUGUGCUGACGUGGCCAAUCCAUGCCGCCCCCUGGACCUAUGUAUCGAAUGGGCCGGAAGGAUCUCCGAGGAGUACUUUGCACAGACUGAUGAAGAGAAGAGACAGGGGCUACCUGUAGUGAUGCCAGUGUUUGACCGGAAUACCUGUAGCAUCCCCAAGUCUCAGAUCUCCUUUAUUGACUACUUCAUAACAGACAUGUUUGAUGCUUGGGAUGCCUUUGCACACCUGCCAACCCUGAUGCAACAUUUGGCCGAUAACUACAAACACUGGAAGACGUUAGAUGACCUAAAGUGCAAAAGUCUGAGGCUUCCAUCUGACAGCUAAAGCCAAGAUAGAGAAGGUGACCUCUUGAUCUACAAAGGGCACUGUGAAUCACAGUAGUGUAAACGAGAGGCUUUCCUUCAUAAUGAAAAUGACAGGUGUAUGUUAAGGAGCUAAUAAUGUUUAAUAUCUGACUUUGAAUCAUUCUAACUUCCCAAAUUUCAUUUUUAGAAAAAUUAUGUUCCAUGAAGAAAAAUAUAUGUUCUUUUGAACAGUCACUUAGUGACAGAACAAACACAUGGC